AUGAAACAUAUCUCCACCUCUCUAUGUGUGGUGGUUUCACAAACCUUCUCAAUCUUUGCCUGCUUGCUUCUCUUUAUCUUCUUUCUAUUAUGGAAGAGCAAAGCCCAAAAAACUGCACCUCAAAGCAAACUUCCACCAGAAGCUGGUGGUGCAUGGCCUUUGGUCGGCCAUCUCCACCUAUUAGCACGGUCAAAACCUGCUCAUAUAACCUUGGGUUAUAUGGCUGACAAGUAUGGACCAAUCUUUACCAUCAGGUUGGGCGUGCAUAAAACUAUACUGGUCAGCAAUUCAGAGAUAGCCAAAGAUUGUUUUACUACCAAAGACAAAGUCUUUGCCAACCGUCCAAAAGCUAUGGCAAUAGAACUCAUGGGCUAUAACUAUGCCCUAUUCGCUUUCAGCUCUUAUGGUUCCUAUUGGCAUCACGUUCGAAGAAUAACCACGCUUGAUUUGCUUUCAAAUCAACGCCUUGAGAUGUUCAAGCACAUUGGAGAGUCGGAGGUAAACAUAGCUAUAAAAGAAACAUAUCAACUCCUAGUCAAUAACAACAAGCUCAUGUUGGUGGAGAUGAAUAGAUGGUUCAACAAGAUUAUGCGAAACACUAUGCUUAGGAUGGUUGUAGGGAAGCGAUUUGCUUGGGCUGCCACUGAGGAUGAGGAUGAAGUAAUUGAUCUUCAAUACCAGAAGGUAUUGAAAGAUAUUUCCAUGUUGUUCAGAAAGUUUGUGGUAUCAGAUGCCUUACCAUAUUUAAGGUGGUUGGACUUGGGUGGGGACAAACGGGCUAUGAAGAAAGUCGCAAGAGAAAUAGAUUAUAUGCUUAAAGGUUUGCUAGAAGAACAUAAACAAAGAAAUCUCUUGAGUGAGGUGAAGAAUGGACACCAGGACUUUAUGGAUGUGAUGCUAUCCAAUGUCACAGAUAACACAGAAAUUUCCAAUUUUGAUGCUGAUACAGUAACCAAAGCUACUUGCCUGACUCUUAUUUUAGGAGGCUCAGAUACAACAACUGUGACCCUAACAUGGGCUCUCUCUCUACUUCUUAACAAUCGGGAGGCUCUAAAGAAAGUCCAACAAGAACUAGACCUCCAGGUUGGCAAGGAAAGGCAAGUGAAGGAUUUAGACAUACAAAACCUAGCUUAUCUCCAAGCUGUCAUCAAAGAAACAAUGCGCUUAUACCCUGCAGCCCCACUUUUGGUGCCGCACGAGUCUAGCGAAGAUUGUACUUUUGCUGGUUAUCAUGUCUCAGCUGGCACACGUCUUCUUGUUAAUCUAUCAAAGAUCCAUCGAGACCCACACGUGUGGCAAGAUCCAACAGAUUUUCGUCCAGAAAGAUUCCUUACUACCCAUAAAGAUAUCAACGUUAGGGGUCAGAAUUUUGGAUUGAUACCAUUUGGCAGUGGUAGAAGAGUUUGCCCUGGAAUCUCUCUUGGGUUACAGCUAAUUCAACUUACACUUGCUACAUUCUUGCAUGCUUUUGACAUUUCAACCCCAACAGCUGAACUAGUAGAUAUGGUUGAGAAAGCUGGACUUUCUUCUGUUAAAGCAACACCACUCGAAAUCCUUCUCACUCCACGCCUUCUUACUCAAGUAUAUCAUGUGUAGUACUUUGAGCAUGGCCUCAUAUUAAAUAAUUUAUGUGUGAAUAACUAGUAUACAUUUGCUUAUAACUAGGAGUGUGUUCUAGUGAUGCAUAUAUAUCUUAUGCAAUAUGUGAAUUUUAAAAAAAAAAACACGUCUGUUUGGAACCUGAGAAAACUUCAGAGAAGAU